AUGUGGGGGGGCGGGGGGCAUCCGCUGUUUCAUGGCGUGCACCAGGCGGUCCAAGUGCCGGAGGGUGCGGUUGUGGUCUCAGCGUGGUAUAGGUUGGAGAGAGGGAUGGGACGGUUUAGGAAGGAGGAGCCGGAGAGUGCAGGAGAUGCGUUGGCUAUGGUUCUGGCGUGGAGGGGUGGGGGGCGGAAUGAUGAUGGGCUAGUCGUGCAGUUGGAAGAGGGGGCGGCAGAGUGGAGGAGGGUCUGUGCUAGGCCUGAAGCGAUCAAGGGGGGCGGCAUGCUGCAUGUGUUUUUUCAUUUGCAUGAUUUUGAAGGCGGCCAUUUGUUUGUGGAUGAUGUCAAGGUCGAGGAAGAGGGGGAGUGGAGUAGAGAGGCGCUUCAGGCCUGUUUCAGAGAUGCCAAGAUUGGACAGCGGGACGAGAGCGGAGGUGGGGGAGGAAGGGACGUUCGUGUGCAUCUAAAGGCCGAAGAGCGCCCCGGGGAAAGGCAGUUGACUCUGGCUAUUCCGCUGACUUCUGAUCGAGUCCUGAGGCUGGAGGCGCUGUCGAGACUAUAUGGAGGGGGACCGGUGAGCGCUGCUGUGGCAGUUGAGAGUGAGAGCGAUGUGGCUGCGUUUCGGGCCAUCUGGAUGCGCAAAGAGUGGCUGCGGCGUCAUGUAGACGUCAGCUUCGUUCGAAGAGGUGGGGAGGAUGAGGGACAGGAGCCGCUUGAGAUUAAUGCAUUACGGAACGUCGCCGUGCAGGCGGCGGGGACGCGGUUUGUCAUGAUCUUUCCAGCAUAUGACGCCGGCGACGAAUAG